AUGAAAAGAAACCAUUCUGAAAGCAUACCAACUGCAAAAAAGCAAAAAACUGGCGAGAAUAAAUUUAUUGAGAAUGUGCACUUGUCAGUCUCAUUGGAACUUAUUUCCGAAUUUUAUAAUGUUAGCGAAAAAACAUUCAAACCCUCAAAGUCCAAACUCCGAGCCAUCCUAAAAAAACAUCAAGUGGCAAACAUUAAGGAAAUCGAAAAUCUAAAACUUCCAGCCCAUUUUACUUUUACAACAAAGAGGAUGGAAACUAUUUUUAAAUAUACCUUGCACGGAUUUGGUAUUACACUAAACAAUUGCCAAACAAAUCCUCUAUUCGAAGAAAAGAAGGAAACCAUCGAGAAUAUUCUAAGUUUAUUACUCUCCUAUCUUCAGAGCUCUGAUAUUGUGAGCCUUAUUGACAAACUGAAAAAGGAAGGGCUAGUAUUGAACAGGAAAUAUGAAGAUUACAAAUAUAAUGUUGAAAUGCCUCUAAAUAGUGAUACCCUCAGACUAAAAACAAUAGAUAAUUUAAUUUUCAGCUCAAUUAUCCCUCCAUUUCGAGAUUCUAUAGAUACUACAAGCGAAAUGGAACUUUCUAGAUUGUAUUUCACACCAAUGCUUAGCUUUACCUCUAUUUUUUCUGAUUGCUCUGGUGGAUCUUUGGAAGCCAAUCUACAGACCAGUAUUCCAGAUUUUAGACCUGAUGAUUUUACGCUUGUUAGUUUUGGAACUAGUUUUAAAUGUAUUCGAAUAAUAAGAGAAGAUUCACCAGACACUUAUGAAAACCAUACUAGCCACAAGGACUUUAUUGCCCUCGUAUCUCAGAUGAAAAUGGCACUGUCGCAGGUUAUGAGAAAAUUGAUCAAGAAAGACAUUAAAGACUGGCACAAACAAAUAUUAGUCAUGGGUAUCACAUCUGAUAGUGUUGCUUCAAAUUUAUACACCUUACAUUGUCAACCAAAGAUGAGAGAUGAUGACACCAUUCUACUUUCAAAUUUUACUCUCUCAUUCAUUGGAUCGUAUCAGCACAAUGUCGUUAGUGAUCGCAUCCAGCUCAUUUCUAGAAUUAUGACAUCUCUUAUUUAUCCAAAGAAUGAGGAAGUAAGGAACUAUUUAACGACACAGCACAGCCUUGUACAGUCUACAAAAAGGAAUUAUUUUUCAUUUCCUGUAUGGGAUAGUUAUUUCCAAAGAAUCGAAUAUGAUAAGGAUUUUGAAAUAAUCCAAACUCGCUCAACCAUCAAAAAAGGGAAAAUUAACGGUUUUGAGUAUUUCAUUAAGUUUAACUCUAAGAAUAACAUUUAUGAAAGUCCUCAUCAUUAUUCCUUUUUAACACUAUAUGCUCCAACACUUCAGACGUCUGAAGGUAACUGUUCACUUACACUUGCUGGAAAAAGCAUGGCCAAACUCUUUGAAAAGAUGAACGAGAUUAAUGUUAUGGAUUUUUUUAUUGAUAUGCUAGUUCAGCUCUGUUAUCUACAGGAAGGAAACUUUGUUCAUAAUGACAUCAAGCCAGAAAAUAUUGUUCUCUAUGACAAUCAUUGGUUUUUAAUUGAUUUUGAAAUUGCAAAAAGGUAUUCAGACUUUGACAUUAACUCUGGAAAAUGCCUUGGUAAUGAUGAUAAACCUAUCACAACACAGAGUUUCUCAGAAGGUACGUUUUUAAAUUCAUUAUAUUCUUAUCGUUUCAGGCUACAGAUCUCCUGA